AUGCCUUCCGAGAACGAACGACCAACCGAUGAGAUGACAACCCUUCAAGCUCAAUGCACAGCCAAGUCAUUCCAUGAGCAGCUUUAUGAACACCAUAGGAGGGCGGCGACUACCCCGGAUAUAAUGGGCCAGAUUAUCAGACCUGAGCCAGGUCUGUACCAUCAGCAGAGCUACAUACGCCAUCGGUCUGGAUGCGUAUGUACCCUUCCUUCCUCACCAACACAAGAGUACAAACGCUUUGAGGGUGAAUACGAGACCGCAGAACAAUUCGCUCAGGAUUGGAACCCAGCAAAAUUCCCCAAAGCAAAAGAAUGGACAAACGACGAUUUCCACUCAGCGAUACAGCACUGGACUUUUGAUCGCAAUAAGAAGAACACACCUGAAGCUAUUGAUGAAGCAGAAGCGGCGCUGUAUGAUCCAAACAGCGGUUCCUGGGCUGGUACGCAAGAGUGGGUUAGAGAACAACACGUUUGCGAGACAGUAUAUGGGGCGGAGGACCUUCCCCUAUGGCUUCAGUGUCAUGGAUUUGAGAUUGAAGAUGAUGAGAUUGUGGCUGAUGAGGAUGGGGAGGACGUAAAGAAGCUAGACGCUAUGGUAGGGGAAUGGCUUUCACACUUGGAGGUUACCGAGUAG